AUGCUGUCGAAGUUCUUGCUUAGCGUUUUACUCAAGCUGGUAUGGUGUGCGGCGAAGGUAACAAGUGAUGUACAGGAUGACGACGAUGAAAGGUUGCCGAUGCCAGUAGCUCCUGGUAAGGACGAUCCACUCAACGGGGAUGGUGGCGAUCAUGUAGAUCCAGUUGCAGAAGAGAUGUUUUUCUCAUGGGCACUGUGUAUCCUGCUUUUUCUGUUGAUCUCAGCAUUAUGGUCGAGUUACUACCUGUCGCAAAGACGGAUAAGGGCCGUUCAUGAGACUGUGCUUUCCAUAUUUUACGGGAUGGUGGUCGGAUUGAUCAUCAGGAUGUCACCUGGGCAUUAUAUCCAAGAUGCAGUGACGUUUAACUCGUCGUAUUUCUUCAAUUUUCUACUGCCUCCCAUUAUUUUGAACUCAGGAUACGAGCUCAACCAGGUGAAUUUUUUCAAUAACAUGUUUUCGAUCUUGACAUUUGCUAUACCUGGCACAUUCAUUUCGGCAGUCGUACUAGGUAUCAUCAUUUUCAUAUGGACCUCUUUAGGGCUGGAAAGCGUCAACAUUUCGUUUCUGGACGCGUUAUCUGUUGGGGCCACUUUGUCUGCUACCGAUCCAGUCACGAUUCUUUCCAUCUUCAAUGCCUAUCAGGUUGAUCCCAAACUGUAUACUAUAAUUUUCGGUGAGUCCCUAUUGAAUGAUGCGAUUUCCAUUGUUAUGUUUGAAACAUGCCAAAAGUUACUUGGAUCUCCCGCAAAACUGUCCUCAUUGUUCGAAGGUAUAGGUCUCUUUUUGAUGACAUUUACGGUUUCUUUGUUAAUAGGUUUGCUUAUUGGUAUACUGGUUGCAUUGAUCUUGAAACAUACUCACAUUAGGAGAUAUGCACAGAUUGAAAGCUGUAUUGUGCUGCUGAUUGCCUAUGAGUCGUAUUUCUUUUCCAAUGGUUGUCAUAUGUCAGGUAUUGUUUCUUUGCUAUUUUGUGGUAUCACUUUAAAGCAUUACGCGUACUACAAUAUGUCAAGAAGAACACAAAUCACAAUAAAAUAUAUAUUUCAACUACUGGCAAGACUAUCAGAAAAUUUCAUAUUCAUAUAUUUGGGGUUGGAGCUUUUCACACAAGUUGAAUUGGUCUACAAACCCGUAUUGAUCAUCAUCACGGCGGGAUCUAUCUGUGUAGCACGUUGGUGUUCUGUAUUCCCCUUAUCGAACUUUAUCAAUUGGGUAUACAAAGUUAGAACGGUGAGAUCGAUCAGAAAUUCAGGUACCGAAGCAUUCGCUAUUCCGGAUGAAAUUCCGUAUAAUUACCAGGUUAUGACGUUUUGGGCUGGCUUAAGAGGUGCUGUUGGUGUGGGAUUGGCGAUGGGUCUUCAAGGAGAAUUCAAAUUCACGUUACUGGCAACAGUGCUGGUGGUAGUCGUUUUAACUGUUAUCAUCUUUGGUGGCACUACGGCAGGCAUGUUAGAAAUUUUGAACAUCAAAACUGGAUGCUUUGACGAAAAUGAUUUAAGUGAUGAUGAAUUUGACAUUGAGGCCCCCAAGGCGUCGCCAAUUCCUGAAGCUGCCGGGCGUACUAACCGGGAGCCAUAUUCAGAUAACACUUUGCACACAGAAUCGUCCUUAAUGGUUCCCAGUGAUAGCGGCGUUGGCGUGGUUCCAGAUGCUCCUUUAUUAGCAGACAAUUCUAUGCUUGGCAAUUCAUUGGACCCCGAAAACGCCAGAAUAUCACUUGAUAAACAAGGAUUGAGAGACGCUUUUGGUAAUAUUUUCAGGUCGGAUUCUCAGUGGUUUCAUAAUUUUGAUGAGCAAGUGCUGAAACCUGUAUUCUUGGAUAGUAGCACACAAUCAGUUCGAGAUAGCGGCAGAGAUUCACCCUCUCUCGGAAAUAAAAGACCAUAA